AUGGAGAAGAUUAAAGACGGAGCUUCGGGUCUUGGCAUUACGGUAGUCGAUGGGGCUACUGGGUUGGGCCAUACAGUUAAAAGCGGUAUGCACGGAUUUGGAACAACUGUUCAACGAGGAGUUAGUGGAGUCUCUGAGCAUACUGUAUCAUUUAAAGAUUCAAUCAGUAAUAUCCACCAUAAGAAAGAAUAUGAUGUAGUGGAUGAAUUGGUUGAACAAUAUGAACAUGAUAUUAAGUCGUCUAUAGCGGGCAUGAAGUACAUGUCACAGCAAAUAGAAAGCAUUGGUACAAAGCAUUGGCCACAUUAUUUCAAAUCUAACUUGAAAGUAUGUGAAUUACUACAAAAUUUAAUGGGUCAAAACUCUUUAAUGUUCAAAGAUAUUGAAAAAUAUUAUGCUCAAUUUACUCAUUGGCAAGCUGAACAAUUGAUACCUCUGGUACAUCCAAAGGACAAGCAAUUCUUGGUUGAUAGUAUAAAUUAUGAGCUUUUGAACUACCAGGCAAUGUUAAUUCGUGUUCGAGACACGGUUGUAUCUGAUUGGGUUGCCUUUAGUGUAGAUAAGUUGGGUAAAAUUAAGGAGAUGUCAAAUCGAUUGAAAGAAAUUUUAAAACUUAUAAAGUUAAGAAAAAAGAAGAAGAAUGAAUUAAUGAAACUUGAACUGCAAAUAUCGAAACUCAUGAAGAAAACUUCACCUUUGGACGCUAAAGAACAAGCCAAAUUGAAUACACUGGAUAUGAAAUUGAAACCAGCAACUGCAAUUUUCCAAAAGUUGGAUGAAAAGGUUAAAACCAUUCUUCCACAUACAUUAUCAUUUUUAGAUGAGUUUAUAGAGAUUAUAUCUAAGAGCAUCAUAUGUGAAAAUCUGAGGAUCUUUGACUUGAUUAAAUCAAACUUGAAUGAUUAUUCUGUGUUCCAUGGAUUUCUUCUGAAUCUCGAGGUAACCCAAGGCAACUUCUAUGAUGAGCUAGUGGAACAAUGGGAGAAAUCAUUUGACCCCGUUAGACUUCGUUUAGAAUCGAGUAUAUCUUCCAUCAGUGAAAAACGACCAGAUUUGAUUGACCAAGAAGUUGAUCCAGAAGUGAAGAAAGAUCUGCAUGUUACCAAGCUAUGGAAGAAGGCCACGCAUUCAAUUACCAAGCUGAAUCCUUUGAAACCUUCAGAUCAUGAAAAUGGGGUGUUUGGUGAGCAUCAAUCUGCAGAUCCACUUGUUUCAUAUGAAAAGUAUCACAACAGUCAUCUCUAUGUUUCUGAAGUAUACCACCCUACAAAGUCAAUUUCCUUGGACGAUGUGAUUGUUCCGCAUUCAUUGGCCCCUAUUCCAUUCAAAGAGGUUAAUCCAGCUGGAACUAACUCGGCACCACCACCGCUUCCUCCAAGAUCAAAUACUGCCGCAGCCAAAAUGUUGGGAGAUCGAAGACAAUCUACACUUCUGGUCAGCAACAAACCAUCGCCAAAAUCAAACGUUGGCUCACCAUUUGCCGCGGUAUUUUCUCCACCAACUAUCCUGACACCUUCAAUGGAUACGUUAUCGUCUCCAGAUCUCUCACUGAAGAACAUGUUGAUAAAGGCCCCGAUGGCCACCCAAAUGAACCCGAGAACAUAUGCUCUGAGAGUUUCACAUGGAGUGUUAGGAUCAUCGAAUGGGUCGGUAACAGACCGGACUUCCGGGUACGGCGAGUGGUAUGCCUGCAAGGCUGCCUCAAGUCUCACCUGCAAGUUCCAGUCGACAACUUCAUAGUAGUCCGCACUAUGGCCAUCAAAUGAAAUUCUGAUACUGAAGAUUUGGAUUCCACCUCGAUUACAUCUGCCUCUUCCACUGAUACAGUUCUGUCAUUCCCUAGUGAAAUGGUAGAAAAUGUAUCUUCAAUGGAUGGAGCCACAAGAAAUUUAACUAAAAUUUAUAACUAUUCGAAAAAUCGUAUAGUUGAGAGUCCUAUAACUACAACUUCUGAUUAUAUCUGGCCCAUUGAUCAUUCCGAUGAUCUCUUCUUACAACCAGUCACGAGCGAAACUUACAAACUUCGGAAAUAUUUCCAAUUCUUCCAUUCGUUGAAUAAAUCUAAUGGAGAAAUCUUAGAAGCAAAAUUUGAUUUCAAAGGAUCACAUCCGGGUGACCUUUCAUUUGAGAAAGGUGAUAGAAUUAGGAUCCUCUAUAAUUUCCCACAAGAAAAGUCCAAGGCGGCCAAUUGGCUUGUAGGGAUCAUUGAAAGAACCGGAAAACAGAAAAAUGAGACUAGAAUUGGAUUUGUUCCAAGUAAUUUCUUUUAA